AAUAAAUAAAAAAUCUUCUCUGAUUUGAUCUCCCCAACUCUUCAGCCCUAACUCAGUGAAGAAUUUCGUCGCCCAAACACCCUGACACACAAAAUCAUUCCACUCCUUACGAAUUUCAUCUCUCUCUCUCUCUCUGAUUUUCUUUGUAAUAAUUUUCCACUCCUUAAGCAUAACGCUUGAAAAACGUCCCUCAUUCUCUUCUCUUUUCUUUUCUAUCUAUAUAUGUUUUGAGCAAAAACAGAGAGAUUUUGAAGGUCAGUGAUGAUGAUAAUAAUAGUAUUGUGCUGAGAAAUAGCGGCUUGUGUAUCAGUCCAGGAACAUCCUGAUUCGAACAUGAAGUUUCGACGAUCGUUUUUGUCUAAAACUGACAAUCUUGUGAUUCCCUCACCCUCACCCUUACCCAUCAACGACAAACCCAUCAUUUAUGGUGACCAUCCGAUCGCCCAAGCUGGUCUCAAAUCUCAGUGGUCACCGUUUCUACCAAUGACGACUGUUCGUGAUUUUGAAGACAUCAAAAGAUCACAAUUCCCAGAUGGUUUCUUCUUUGGAACAUCCACUUCUUCAUACCAAAUUGAAGGAGCAAUUCUUGAAGAUGGUAAGAGUCUCAGCAACUGGGAUGUUUUCACUCAUAUUCAAGGAUUUUAUUCACUGAGAUUUAAACAUUUUUGUAAGAUGUUUGGAAUCGAGAAAAUUUGUGCUAUAGUUCAUUAA